CAUCGUUGGAGUACGGCGCAUGCGCAAACCUCCGCGCAUGCGUGUUUGUGUGAAAGUCAGCUUUGACAACGUCAACUAUUUUCGUUACACCGGAUGUUAAACCAUAAAUACGGUAUUCGGAAGUGUCUUGGAUACGAAAUAAUUCAUUUAUUCAGUACAGAUCAGCGCCAUGUCUGGGGAUUUGGAUCUCUCGCCGCCGGAGGUUCCUGAGCCCACCUUUUUCGAGAGUGUUUUACGCUAUGGCCUCUUUCUUGGAGCAAUUUUCCAACUCGUCUGCAUUUUAGCCAUAAUCAUACCCACCUCCAAGAGCCACGAACAGGAAGAGCCUUCAGAGACAGCUGAGCCGAAAACCACUGAGCCGAGCAGAAAGCCCAAAGCACCUGCACAGCAAAACCGGCAAAAACUAAAAAAGGAGAGCAAGAAGAAAAGAUAAGACUCUGUGACUGAGUGUGUGAGCAAAUAUGAAAGUUUGUUUCUGUUUUAUGACAAAAAACACAACUGAAGGAACUCAAACGGUGGAAAUUUUCAUCAUGGACCAUCCAAUCUAAACACUAAACCCAUCCUGAAACUGCAAAUACUUUAUUUACGGCAGUAGAUCUACAACAGUGAUCAUAUUUACAAUAUAUACUUCACUCAUUCACUAGAUUACUGUCAUAAGGCUGGUGGUUAAAACUUAAAUUUGUAUCAACACAUUUUAAACAAUCAUUUUUGUAAGUCUGUUGUAUCUCUAUAAUAAACUGGACUGUUUUGGACCGUU